CGCUCGGAGGCAGGGGAGGCUCCGGGCAGCCGCGCAGGUCGAACGUGGGAUGUGGGCGCCGGGCGGCCCGCCGGGGCCCGCAGGCUGGGACCGCCGCAGGGUGGGCGCCAGGCUGCGCGCGGCCCUCGCGGGGCUGCACGAGCUGCAGGGGCUCCGCGCCAGGCAACAGGCGCGCGUGUGGGGCGCCCUGGCCGUGCAGCCCCCGCCCGGGCCCGCCGCCCCCCGCGGCCCCCGCGCACACGAGCUGCGGCUGGAGGCUGCGCUGGCGGCGCUGCAGGAGCAGCUGAACCGUUUAAGACUUCAGGACGUCGGCCUGAAAACCCACUUGGACCAACUGGACCAGCAGAUCAGCGAGCUACAGCUGGACGUGCGCAGAACCUCCAGUGAGGUCCCGGACAGCGACAGCAGGCCCAGCUCGGGCUUCUACGAGCUGAGCGACGGCGGGUCCUGCUCCCUGUCCACCUCCUGCACGUCUGUGUGCAGCGACUGCGUGUCCUCCUCUCUGGGCGCCGUGCUGCCUGCCACCCCGAAGGCCAGGCCCGGCGCGGGGCACUGCCGGCCCCGCUCAGCAGAUGAGGCCACGGUGUGUGGGGUCCCCCUGACUGCGUGGGAGCCCCAGGCCAGUGAGGGGGGCGCCAGCCAGCUGCUGCAAGGCGAGUCCCGGCCCCGCCCAGUGUCCACAGGUGACCUUGAAAGAGUCCUGCCGGCUGAAGUGGGGCUCCAGAAAGCCAGGGCACACCCCAAGGCCACUUCCUUCCUCUGCCGUGGCAUGGACCCCAAGUACCAGUGUGACCUGGUGUCCAAGGGGGGCAGGGAGGUGUACCCGUACCCCAGCCCCCUGCACGCCGUGGCUUUGCAGAGCCCCCUCUUUACUCUGACCAAGGAGACAGCGCCGAGCGAUGGCCACUCGCCCCCCAGUCAGCCCCUCCCUGGCGCCACAGGUCCGAGCUCCAUUCGGACUGGACUGGUCCUCGAGGCUGGUCCAGCCAGCGCCUACAUAGAGAGGCUGCUGCGACUGCAGGGCCGAGGGCCCCCUGCGAGGGGCAGUGUGGUUGAGCGUGGACCCCCAGGACGGGAGGCGUCCCUAUCCCCGCAGGGGCUCGGGGUCCGGGGGGCGGACAGUGAAGGUGGCCUGGAGAAGCCGGUGUGCGCCCGGGGGAGAGCGGAGGUGGGAGGGGAGGCCCAGAGCGGGGCCGCCCGUGGGGACAGCCUCGAGCAGCCGGGGCCUGUGCCCCUUGUACGCACCCUGCACCCCAGCAGCCGUCCAGAGGAGGGCCCCAGACCCUCGCGCGGCUGCGUGCACCGGGAGGCCCGUCCAGGCUCCCCAUGGCUGGGCUGUGGCCAGGCCCCUGCUCCCUGCUUGCGGGGUCAGCAGCCAGCUCUCCACGGCUGGACGGGCAGAGGCAGGUCGCCGGGCGGGGGGGCGGGGGGGGAGGGCCCCCCUCGGGCCCCUGGACACUGUGUCCGCCCGCACUUUGCUGCCACAGGAGCUCUCCCUGUGGGGCCCCCCAAGGCCAAGCCUGUGAAGAUCAAGAGGGGGGCCAGCGACAAGGCGCUGAGGCUUGGGGGGCCGCAGCUUCAGUGGGGCGCCGUCGGGGGCCCCCGGCCGCCCCCUGAGUCGGGAGGUGGUCUCAGGAGGCCCACCCUGGCCAGGGCGGCGCCCGGCCGGUCCUGCUCUGAGUCCAGCCUCUACCCCGUGUCUGUCUUCGUCCCCCUGCUGGUGGCCCGACCAGAGGGUCACCAGGUGUCAGCUCAGGCCUUGUUCCCCUUGGAAGCAGCCCCACUGGUGGCAACCAGGGGGGAGGCCCGGAGGAAGCAGCGCAGGUGGCAGUCCUCCGUAGAGAUCUCAGCCCGGGCCCGCCCGGACCCCAGCCUGGGGCCCCAUAGGCCGGCGGCCCGGAGAGGGGGUGGCCCGCGGCCCGUGUGCGCCAGACCCAGGCCCAGGCUGCCCCGCCAGGAUGCCCGAGCCAGGAGCGGGUCGGAUGGCUCGGAGCGCUCGGCCGAGUGCGUGUCCCUCUUCCGCUCCACCGUCGCGGAGAGCAGCGGGGACGAGGCCAGCGACCACACGGCCAACCGAUUCGGGGACGGGGAGUCCAGUGGCAGCACCUCGGAGGGCAGCGGCCAGGGCAGGGGAAGCUCCAGCCAGCGGGCCCCGGCCAGUUCCAGGCCCCCUCUGCCGCCGGUGCCCAGGCUGUGCCGCGUCAAGGCCUCCAAGGCCCUGAAGAAGAGGAUCCGCAGGUUCCAGCCGGCCGCUCUGAAGGUCAUGACCAUGGUGUGAGGUCGCUGGGCGACAGCAGGGCCUGUCCGGGCCCGGGAGCCAGGGAGCCACAGACACAAAGGGACCUUUCGUGGCUGAGGACGGAUCCAGCCUCGCACGGUGUUAGACGUGCAGGUCUGUGUCAUCUGGACACUUUGCUUUCUCCCCGAAGCUGCCCUUCAAAAGGAGUCCCCUCAGAGGAGAUGAUGGGCCCGUCCCUGGUGCACCGCCCCACAGGUUAGGCUGUGACUCUGGGCACGUCACCCCACCUUGGCCCCAGUGGAGACCUUCACCCAGAACUCUGGGACUGCAGAUUCGUCGGGGCGCUGGCCUCCCAGCUGCCUGUGCUGUGAGCCCCGUGCUUGCUUCCCUCCAUCCUGUUCCACUUGGGCUGGGCGCUCGGUGUACCCCAGCCUGUUGAACAGUUUCCCCCCAAAAGCGUUUCCUUUAAGAAAUGGUUGCAGGACUGUGCUGUGGAAACUGGGUUGGACUAUGAAUCCAGGUCAAACCCUCAACAUGAAUAAACAGCCGAUUAUGCCUUUGUCUUUGCAAGUCAGUCUUUCCCUUUUAGCCUCCCUGCCCUCAGGAAUGUAGUAGGUGCUCAGCAAACCCUAAUCCUUCCCCAUCAUGUGGACACUCUUUCACCCGAGGUGGGAAAAUGCAUUUCACGUGAGUACAUUCCACACUCUUCCCAACACUCCUGAAUUGAG